AUGGAAACAAAGCAAGAAGUAUUUGACAUGGAUUUUACCACAGAAGGAGGACUGGGAACACGGUGUCUGCUGCUCUCGCUCCUGCUCCUCGCAGCCUGGGAGGCAGGGAGCGGCCAGCUCCACUACUCCAUCCCAGAGGAGGCCAAACACGGCACCUUCGUGGGCCGCAUCGCGCAGGACCUGGGGCUGGAGCUGACGGAGCUGGUGCCCCGCCUGUUCAGGGUGGCGUCCAAGGACCGCGGGGACCUUCUGGAGGUAAAUCUGCAGAAUGGCAUUUUGUUUGUGAAUUCUCGGAUCAACCGGGAGGAGCUGUGCGGGCGGAGCGCGGAGUGUAGCAUCCACCUGGAGGUGAUCGUGGACAGGCCGCUGCAGGUUUUCCACGUGGAGGUGGAGGUGAGGGACAUUAAUGACAAUCCGCCUGUGUUCUCAGUAAAGGAACAAAGAAUGUUAAUUUACGAAUCUAGGCUGCCAGAUUCUUUGUUUCCACUAGAGGGCGCGUCAGAUGCUGAUGUUGGAUUAAAUUCUAUCUUAACCUAUAAACUCAGUCCCAGUGAAUACUUUGGGCUAGAUGUAAAAACAAACAGCGAUGGCAACAAACAAAUUGGACUCUUGUUGAGAAAAUUCCUGGACAGAGAAGAUGCCCCUGAGCAUAAACUACUGCUGACAGCCACGGAUGGAGGCAAACCUGAGCUCACAGGCUCUGUUCAGCUGCUGGUCACUGUGCUGGAUGUGAAUGAUAACGCCCCUACUUUUCAACACCCUGAGUAUGAAGUGAAAAUCUUGGAAAACUCGGAGAAUGGAACGACACUUAUUCGACUGAAUGCUUCUGACAGGGAUGAAGGGACGAAUUCAGAAAUUUCUUACUCCUUUAAUAGGCUGGUGCCGCCCAGGAUUCUUGAGCAGUUUAGCAUAGAUGCAGAUACAGGAGAAAUCAGAAUUCAAGGAAAUUUAGACUUUGAGCAAGUAGAUGUCUACAAAAUCCGCGUGGACGCGGCAGACAAAGGACACCCUCCGAUGGUGGGCCAUUGCACUGUUUUAGUGAAGGUAUUGGAUGAGAACGACAAUGUGCCUCAGAUUACAUUGACUUCCUUAUCCCUGCCUGUUCGAGAGGACGCUGCACUGGGUACAGUCAUUGCUCUAAUCAGCGUUUCGGAUCUGGACUCUGGAGCCAACGGGCAGGUGACCUGCUCCCUGACUCCUUAUGUCCCCUUCAAGCUGGUGUCCACCUUCAAGAAUUACUAUUCGCUUGUGCUGGACAGCGCCCUGGACCGAGAGACCACAGCUGACUAUCAGGUGGUGGUGACAGCGCGGGAUGGGGGUUCGCCUUCUUUGAGUACCACGGCUAGCAUAUCUGUGGAGGUAGCUGAUGUGAACGACAAUGCUCCUACAUUCGCGCAGCCCGAAUACACGGUGUUCGUGAAGGAGAACAACCCGCCUGGCGCUCACAUCUUCACCUUGUCGGCGGUGGAUGUGGACGCACAGGAGAAUGCGCUGGUGUCCUACUCGCUAGUGGAGCGGAGAGUGGGCGAGCGCUUGCUGUCGAGCUAUGUGUCUGUGCACACCGAGAGCGGUAAGGUGUUCGCGUUGCAGCCUCUGGACCACGAGGAGCUGGAGCUGCUUCAGUUCCAGGUGAGCGCGCGGGAUGCUGGUGUGCCUGCCCUGGGCAGCAAUGUGACUCUGCAGGUGUUUGUGCUGGAUGAGAACGACAAUGCACCCGCGCUGCUUGGACCUUGGACACAAGGAUCCAGUGGUGUAGUGAGCGAACUUGUGUCACCUUCAGUGGGUGCCGGCCAGGUGGUCACUAAGGUGCGUGCAGUAGAUGCGGAUUCUGGUUACAAUGCCUGGCUGUCUUAUGAACUGCAUCCUUUAACAGGCGGGACUCGGAGCCUGUUUCGGGUAGGUCUGUACACGGGCGAGAUCAGUACUACCCGUGCUCUUGAGGAGGCAGAUGCACCACGUCAUCGCCUAUUAGUGCUGGUGAAGGAUCACGGGGAGCCAGCGCUGAUGGCCACAGCCACUGUGUUAGUGUCUCUGGUUGAGAACAGCCAGACUCCAAAAGCGUCUUCGCGAGCAGCAGGAGCCACCAGCCAGGAAGUUUCGUUAGUGAAUGUCAAUGUGUACCUGAUCAUUGCUAUCUGCGCGGUGUCCAGCCUGCUAGUUCUAACCCUCAUGGUAUACAUCGCACUGCGGUGCUCAGUUCCGCCUACAGAGGGUGUGUGCGGGCCAGGGAAGCCUGUGUUGGUGUGCUCUAGCGCAGUAGGGAGCUGGUCCUACUCACAACAGAGGAGACAGAAGGUUUGUUCUGGCGAGGGACCACCCAAAACCGACCUCAUGGCCUUCAGCCCGGGUCUUCCUCCUUGUCCGGUUGUGGGAGAACAUCAGGAUUUAAACGAAGAUCAUUGCUCAAGAGUAAGUCCAAGAUUUCUAACUGUUUAA